UCCCUGCAUUAGUGUUAGUUAGGGGCUCGGAGACACACACAUACACAGAGAGCAGCCAUAGUCAAGACACGGCAACAACACCACCACUACCUCGUCCUCCCGUGUUUCAUAUCCCCAACAACACACUCUAAAAAACCGGGGACAGCCAGGUGCACGGCAAGUCCCUGCCACCAGACACUCGCAUACAAUUUCAAUGGGAAAAAUCCUUUUUUCUUCUUAUCCCUAAACAAGGAGGAGAAUGUGAAAAAGGGGAGAAAAUGCCCCGGAGGAAGCAGGAGCAACCCAAACGCCUGCCUGCACAUCUGGACAGAGUCGAGGAAGAGGAGGUCGAAGGCGAGCUCGCGGAAGAAGACGGCUGGUUCGGAAACGCCUCCGACACCCCCUCCGAGUCGUCCUACGCCGACGUGCAGGAUGAGCUCCGGGUGUCCCCCGACGACCCUCGGCAGGACCGGGACACCUCGGCCGAGAGCUCGCUGGGCUGCCCCACGCCCGUGCACCGGGCGUCCCUCGAGCUGCUGGGGCUGGACGGCGAGGCCUUCCAGGCGGGCGGCUUCUCGGCGCAGGACACGCUGUCCUCCGUGGUGUCGUCCCUGUACGGGGAGGCCUCGCAGAGCCUGGGGAAGCCGCUGAGCAGCAACCUGCGGCGCCUCCUGGAGGCGGGAGAGCUGGCGGAGAGGGGCAGGGACUCGCCGCCCAUCAGCCUCUCCCCGUCCUCCCAUCAUGCUCAGCAGCUAAGUGCUCUUGCCCGAAAGCUGGCCAAAAACUCCUCCUCCUCUGCAUCAGCCUCGCCAGCCUCCGUGACGCCUGGGGGCACUGUCAAAGCGGAACCGGUCGACCCCUUUGCUGGCAGCAACGGCGGGGGCAGCGGCUUUGUCUGGGUGGGCGGGGCUGAUGUCUGGCCGCCCGCCUCCUGCUCCGCCCCCAGCAGCGGCAGCAGCCUCUCCCCCGACUCGGCCAUCCAGAAGCUGAAGGCGGCGGCCAACGCCGUGCUGCAGGACAAGAGCGCCGUGGCAUCCUCGGCCUCCUCGUCGUCCUCCUCCUCCUCCUCGUCCUCCUCCUCUUCCUCCUCCUCCUCCUCCUCCAUGGUGGGCGUGGGCGGGCGGGCGGAGGAGGCGGUGCGCUUCGACGCCUUCGCCUCGCCCUUCAGCCCGCAGUCGGCCAGCUCCACGCUGGCGGCCCUGUCCAAGAAGGUCAGCGAGCGGAGCCUGGCGGCGGGGCAGGCCGAGCCGCCCUCCCCUGCCAGCUCCUUCCUCUCGCUCGUCUCCAUGACGUCCUCGGCCGCGUUGCUCAAGGAGGUGGCGGCCCGGGCGGCGGGGAACCUGUUGGCCGACAAGAAGGAGUCGCCGCUGCCGCCAGCCGGGCCCCCGGAGGACGCCAAGCCCCUGCUGGACAGGAGCCAGAAGGCCCCCACGCCCAAUCAGACGCUGGACCUUCUGCUGCCGCCCACUCCCCGGGGAAAGGUCAAGUCCAGCAGUCAAGCGUCUCCAGAGGACGGCGGGAAGCCCUUCCAGUGCCCCGUGUGCGGCCUGGUCAUCAAGAGGAAGAGCUACUGGAAGAGGCACAUGGUGAUCCACACCGGGCUCAAGAGCCACCAGUGUCCCAUGUGCCCCUUCCGCUGCGCCCGCAAGGACAAUCUCAAGUCUCACAUGAAGGUGCACCAGCACCAGGACCGCGGGGAGACGUUCCAGUGCGAGCUGUGCCCCUUCACCUCGUCUCGCCACUUCAGCCUCAAGCUGCACAUGCGCUGCCACCAGCACUUCCCCCGCGCCGAGCUCAAGGUGAAGGAGGAGGCCACCACCGACACCGAGGGCGAGGGCUCGCUUUCGGGCGAGCCCAAGGGCCCGGCGGGGGGCCCGGGCUCUCCCCCUCCUCCGCUGCCGCCGCCGCCGCCCCCGGACACCCGCCUCCGGGCCUCGCCCGCGGGGACGCCCGACCACAUCCGCGUCAAGGAAGAGCCCCAGGAGAGGGAUGUGUCGGGGCUCUCCCCCUUUGCCCUCUGCCGGGACCGGCCGGCCGGGAGCUCCGCCAGCCCCCUGGAGGCCCCGGGCCCCAAGGCCAGCCCCCCAACCCCCAUUGCGGCCUCCCUCUUCAGCCCGGACAUCACCACCAAGACCGCCUCCGACCUGCUCAUCAAGCUCUCAGCGGCCAAUCAGAAGGAGAGCCUGAAGCCCCAGCAGUUCUGCGUGAAGGAGGAGCCCCUGGCGGAGGGGCCCCUGAGCCCCCGGCUGCCGCAGGGCCAGCCCGGCUACGCCUACUGCCAGGAGGGCGCGGGGCGGACGCCCGAGCUCGCCCUGAAGCCCCGGGAGGACAGCCCCCUGGCCAAGAGCGGCGGCCUGCUGAGCCAGGACAUCAGCGUCAAAGUGGCGUCGGAGCUGCUGAUGAAACUCUCAGAGAACAACAAGGAUUCCUGUGUGCAGAUGGUGACGGUGAAGGCGGAGCCCAUGGAGGUGGACCUCCCGGACCAGACGCCGCCUCCGCCCCCCUCGCACCUGCUGGGCUUCAGCCCCUUGCCGGGGUGCGAGAAGACUGAGCCCCUGGUCGGCCUCCCCGAGGGCCUGGCCCGCCCGCAAAAGGGCCUGUUCUCCCAAGACAUAUCUGUCAAGAUGGCCUCCGAGCUCCUGUACCAGCUCUCAGAAAAAGUGAGCAAAGCUAACAACCACAAAGACGGCAAUAUGUUGGGCAUGAACAGCCCCUUCCUUGAAGACCGCUUCGGACAAUCACCCUUUUCGUCUUGCUCCAAGGAUGCGGCUGCCAGCGAGGCCAGCUCGUCGGCCAGGGCAGCAGCCCACGAUUCGGAGAAGGCGGGCGGGGAACCGGGGAACGGGACGUCCCAGUGGAGGAUGAGCGAGCAGCUGUACCCCUGCCCCGUGUGCGGGAAGGUUUUCGGCAGGCAGCAGACACUCUCGCGCCACUUGUCGCUGCACACAGACGAGCGGAAGUACAGAUGCCACCUGUGCCCGUACGCGGCCAAGUGCCGCGCCAACCUCAACCAGCACCUCACCAUCCACUCCGUCAAGCUGGUGAGCACCGACGCCGAGCAGAUCGUCACCGCCGUCACCGCCGAGGCCAGCCAGCGCAGCAACUGCCCCUACUACUACAGCUGUCACGUGUGCGGGUUCGAGACGGAGCUGAACGCCCAGUUCGUCAGCCACAUGUCCCUGCACGUGGACAAGGAGCAGUGGAUGUUCUCCCUCUGCUGCAGCGCCUGCGACUUCGUCUGCAGUGAGGAGAGCGAGAUGAAGACGCACGUCAGCGCCGACCACGCAGCGCUCAGCUCCCGGAGCCCCCUGAGCGAGACCAAGAGCACCUCGUCGUCCCUCUCGGCCCUCAGCGACUCCCUCAACGGCUCCGAAAGCAGUGACAUCACCCACGCCAACGAGGAGCUGAAGAGCCUGCUGGCCCCGCCCUCCUCCGGGGGCAGCCAAUCCGGAUCGGGAACAGAGGAGAAAUCAGAGAAAGGCUUCGAGUGCGUUUUCUGCAACUUCGUCUGCAAGACCAGGACGAUGUACGAGCGGCACCUGCAGAUCCACCUGAUCACGCGCAUGUUCGAGUGCGACGUCUGCCACAAGUUCAUGAAGACCCCCGAGCAGCUGCUGGAGCACAAGAAGUGUCACACGGUCCCUACCGGAGGGCUGAAGUGUCCCUUCUGCAUCUACUCCACCAACCGGCCGGCCGCCAUGGAGUGUCACCUGAAGACGCACUACAAGAUGGAGUACCGGUGCCGCAUCUGCCAGGCCCUGAAGCCCAACCAGCUGGAGCUGGAGAUGCACAUCCGCGAGCACCGGCUGGGCAACCACUACAAGUGCGAGCAGUGCGGCUACCUGUCCAAGACCGCCAACAAGCUGAUCGAGCACGUGCGCGUGCACACGGGCGAGCGGCCCUUCCACUGCGACCAGUGCAGCUACAGCUGCAAGCGCAAGGACAACCUCAACCUGCACAAGAAGCUGAAGCACGCGCCGCGGCAGACCUUCAGCUGCCCCGAGUGCUCCUUCAGCACCACCCACCCCUUCGUCUUCAGCCGGCACGUCAAGAAGCACCAGAGCGGGGAGUUCCCCGAGGAGGAGGCCCACCCGGCACCGCCGCGGAGAGCCGACAGGGAGGCGCCGCUCCUGGGGGGCGGGGGGAGCGGUGGUGGCAGCGGCGGCCCCUCCCUCGGCAUGUCCGCCUCCCACGCCCUGCAGUCGGUGGCCCUGUCGGUCAGCGGCAAGCAGCGGGAGGCCCCGCCGGCCCCGCGCUACCUCUCGGCCAAAGGCUCCCCCUUCUCCCUGCGCUACGAGGAGUACAGGAACUCGGAGCUGGCCCACCUCAUCCCGCUCACCACCCUCUUCUCCCCGAGCCAGUUCGGGGGAGGGGUGCCGUUCCGCUCCCCUCCCCCUCCCCUUGCCUGGCCGCGUCCCGCCUCGCCCUGCUCCUCGCCCUCCCCGUCCCUGUCGCCCACGUCGUUAAAGCACUCCUUCCUGGCCUACCUGGGGCUGACGGAGCGGGCCAAGGCGAUGUGAGGCGCCGGGCCAACCCCC